AUGAGUUAUAAGAAGACCAUCGUUGUUGGAUUAUUUCUGUUUGGAUUAGUCGUAUUAAUAGCUUUGUCAACAUUUUAUGCGUCAUUAGGUAGCUGUCCAAUUGAUUCUUUAUCAUGCGAUAAUGGAACGUUUUGUGUUCCACGUAAACUAGUUUGCAAUUUUGUUAAAGAUUGUCAGGAUGGACAAGAUGAGAACGUUUGGCGUUGUGGAAAUUUGUAUGGGUCGAAGAAAGUGAUUUACGCUGAUGCUUUAGAAGGAAAGAAAGUUUAUGAAGAAUUCAAUAAAACUUAUCAAUUCCAAAAUAUUAACGAUUUCUGGGAUUAUUGCGGUUUCAAUGAAAAUGAAAUCCCCAAGGGAUGCAAAUGUAUGAAAGUGAAUCUGAUUAGAUGUAGGAAUAGAAGUGAAAUUCCUGCAAAUUUCCCAAGAGAAGUAGGAAUGAUUCAUCUUCGUGGCAAUUCAAUCACGCUGAGGUCAACAGAUACAUUCGAACUCUAUAAAAAUUUAAGUUAUUUGGAUUUGGCUUUCAACCACAUUUCAUCUAUUCCACCAAAACUUUUGUACAAAUUGAAACUGCUUAGGAAGUUAUUCUUACAACAUAAUCAAAUCGAAGAGCUUCCGGUGGAAAUCUUCUCAAACUUACAAUCUUUAUCUUGGCUUCUUCUCAACUUUAAUCACUUGAGAGAUUUUGAUUUAAAUGUUGUACGGGAUUUGGAGAGUCUUCAAUAUCUCGAAUUAUCAUACAACAAUUUAAAGCUGCGAAACGCAUCAUUCCCAAAUCUCAAUCAACUAUAUGAGUUAUUUCUUGAUUUCAACUUCAUAGAAGAACUCGGUGUUGGUUUACUAGGCAACUUACACAAUUUGACGUUAUUAUCUGUGCGCAGCAAUCACAUCAAUGUCAUCAGUUCACCAACCUUCAGCAAUCUUGGUCGUUUGCAAGAGUUGCGGCUUUCUGAUAAUCCAAUUCAUAUCUUAGAUAGCGAUUUCUUUUUAAAGCUGGCAAACUUGAAUGCUUUGUAA